AUGUUGUAAUAGCGACCACCUUUUCCUUCUGGAGUCAUGGACUGCAUUUUACCUAGAACUUAAGAACUUGGUGCUCUAUUUCUAAGUGGGAUAGAAGCAGCCCUCAAUCCCUAUUUGUUGCAAUAGAAUCAAAUAGGCGCAAUACUUACUGUUGGAUCAGAAAUGGCCCAUUUGCAAUUCCAAGAUGCUAAUCACAAAAUUCUCCAUUUAAAUGAUACAAGUCACGAUCCAAUCAAAAGGCAUUUUGACGAAUCCAUUUAAUUCAUUCAAGAGAACAGAUAGAGAUGCAAUGUUUUAGUGCAUUGUUAUGUGGGGGUCAGCAGAAGUGCUACCAUUAUCAUAGCAUAUUUGAUGCAGAUUUGCAAUUUCCCUUUCUAGAAAUCCCUUCAACAUUUGAUAUAAGUUAGACCUCUGAUAAAUCCAAACCCAGGCUUUAUGCAAUAGUUAUAAAGCUUUGAUCAGGAACUCCUAAUAAAGCGAUUGAGUUAGAUCAGGCCUCCCUCGGUUGAAAUACAACGACCGAUCUCAGUUCAUGGUUAGAGGAGAGAGCAAUUGAAUUCUCAUCGAUCGACAGGACUUCCUCAAAGUCCUUUAAAAAAAGUAAAUGCUCCUGGUUAAGUGAACCAAAGAUCUUUGAUGAUGACUCCGAUGUCAAUACGAAAAGUGGAGAGCAAUCAUUUUCGACAGGGAACUCCAUUAAAAUUGAAGGAUAAUUUUUGUAAAAGCUUGAACUCUUCGAUAAAUAGUCACGAUUUCAGAAAAGUGCUUCAACAAUGUAAUUAAUUUCACAGUGCUAAAAAAUCUACGAAUGAUGGGAAUAUGAUAAAAUAGGCUGCUAUUUUUUGUAAAACUUACUCAAAUAAUUAAAAUCAGUUGAGUUAGGUGAAUCUCCUAUUAAAAACUCCAGGGUCUGGACUAGGCACUCAAACCAAGAGCAAAGUGCCCUUGAAAAUCAAAGGGUCGAUGGUGUAAGAGCAAUACUGA